CUAUGCAUUCUUGGCACAAACAGAAAAGUAACAGAGUAUUCUUUAGGCAACGAAGAAGCAAGCUAAUCCACUAACAACCGUCGUCAGGAGACGUUCUAGCCACAAAACCUCUUUCUUCCCCAAAGAUCUUUUUGCUCGAACCAAAGACUUCCGAGUCGAUCAAGAACCGCUAUGUCUGUAAUGAAGAAACGAAUAUUGUUGGUCGGCCUCUGCUUGUCGACUUCCAUGGUGGGACUUGCCCACGCCAUGGASAACGUCGGUCUAGAGAUCAUGGAAGCCGAGUCCUCUCAGAACMCCCCCGCCUCUCCCCGAACUUUUGUCCGCAGCUUCCUCCGCACGAAGUCCGAAAAGAGUAAUAAGAAGUCAAAACAGCUUUUAGGAUCGAAGAAGAGCAAGAAAGACAAGAAGGAAAAGAAAUCAAAAAAUGACAGCAACAAACCCACUCCAUCUCCAAUUCCAUCUCCCACUAACAACCCGACCAAGUCACCGGUGCAACCAACCAUGGCACCCACGAAGAAGCCCACRAUUUCCCCCACUACUCAAAAUUCUGAAACAACUAGCGAAUCGAGCAGUCAAUCGAAUAGUGGGCCAACGGGCAGCCCGACCAUUCCAACGCCAACGUUGUCUCCGCCAACUUCGUCUCCGACUACCUUCUCUCCAACCACAUUCAMCCCCACAGACACAGAUCAAGGCGUAAAUGCAAGACUGGAAGUCGCAGCCCUAUCCGCGGUUGGACAGUCUGACACGCAGGCUAAGUCGCAACGUAAAAGAAUGCAUAACGUCGAGAGAGAGCCAAGAAUUUUUAACAKSAUGGGAUUGAUCGACCAAGACAACUCGGGUAUUGGCGGUGAUUAAAAAUGUAUGUGUAUCGUGUGUCGCGUUGUGGGCGAAUGAUAGUCGGACCUUGUCUGUUGACAGUACAGAGGCGCACUUGGGAGACGAUAGGAACAGGUUCCUAGGUGGGACACAUUCGUUUGCAACCCUCACAGAUCGGAUUGUUCAGAGAUCUUUUCAUCACAUUUACCAAUGACAUAAGAGAUUUUUUUGAACCAAUUGUGAUCACGAGUAGCUAGUGAAUGACCAAUAACCCCAAUCUUAAAUG